AUGCCCAAUUCGUCCAAGUGCCGUGUGUGCACUUGCUCCCUCGAUGCAGCUGCGGUAUGCUAUGAUAUGCGCAAGUUGCCCAAGCUGGCGCACAAGUUCGUCACUUGCACCGAUUUGUCCGUGUCCGAUGAGACGCGGCUGCCCAGUGAACUGUGCGGCGCCUGCCAUGACCAACUGGAACGUUUGUAUGCAUUUCGGGCUAAAUGCAUAGUAGCCGACACGAAAUGGCGCAUGGAAAUACUAGCAUUUUACACCGAUGAUGAGCAGCACUCUGACACUACUGAAGCUACAAAUCCUGAUCCGGAGCGUAGUCAGCCGAGAGUUGAAACAGAGGAAAAGCAGGCUGAUAAACUAAAGGAAACAGCUGCAGCAGAAACAGCAGUGGAGGAGACAAAAAUGGACGAAGUUCAACAGCAAAAGGCAGUCAGAUCAGAGCAGGCAUCCGAACAGAGCUCCUUGGUUAAGCAGCCCAAGUCCAUAUACAAAUGCGACAUCUGCGCUACUCAGUUCCUGGAGGAGCAUCGCCUGCAAGCACACAAACGCCAGCAUGGGCUUAUGCCCUAUCCAUGCCCGGAGCCGGGCUGUGACCGCGGCUACAGCCACAAGAAUACGCUCAGCGUGCACAUGCGCAAGUGCCACAAGUUGGGCAAGGAGCACAAGUCACACAUUUGCGAAUACUGUGGCAAGUCGUUCGACACACUGUGGCGCCUCAAGAAUCAUCGCUUUACCCACAAGGACAAGUCGGAGUUGCCGUAUGUUUGCGAGGAUGCGGACUGUGGCCAACGCUUCUCCAGUAAGCAGCUGCUCAAGGUGCACAUGAUGCGCCAUGCGGGCAUCAAGAACUACAGCUGCACCUACUGCGGCGUGCAGAAGACGACGCGCACUGAGCUCAAGAUUCACCUCAACUACCAUACGCUUGAGCGCACGUAUUGCUGUCGCAUCUGCUCGAAGGUGUGUAACAGCUCCAGCAAUCUCAACCUACACAUGCGCAGUGUUCACGAGAAAGAUCGUGCUCGCUGCUUUGCCUGCAGCUACUGCGAUCGCACCUUCACACAGCCAUUCCUAUGCAAGCAACACGAGCUGAUCCACACAGGCGAGAAGCCACACGAGUGCCCAGAGUGUGGCCGGCAUUUCAGACAAAAGGGCGCUCUACGCACACAUCGGAAAAUACAUAAGCGGGAGAGCAACGAAUCCAGUGAGAAACCAGCAACAUCUCCGAGUGAUACAGCUUCGGGAAACGGUAUUAAAAAUGUGUCAGAAAGUAUGGCACAUGAUUAAAAUAAGUAAAUUAAGGUG